AGAAAUCGAUGCAUAUAUUGCCUCGAUUAUUGAUAACGACAACUUAAAGGAUAAACUAACGGAAAUUUUGAAAGCAACUAAGUUGCCUGAUGGUCAUGAUCCUUAUCCAGGAAAAAAUGUUUUUGAAAUAGCUGUCGCUUAUUCGAAAAAUGAGAAAAAUCAUCAUCGUGAAUGUGAUAGUAUUUCCGCUUACGAUAGACUAUUUAAUUUUUAUCAAUAUGUAAUAACCACCGUCACUCAAGGGUACACUAUGAUUAUAAUGUCUUAUGAGUAUCGUAAACUUAAAUCGUCUGAUCCGAGUAAUUAUACUUAUUUUUUUAAUUAACAAACAAAUAUCAACACUAGUACAGAUUUUAAAAAUUACUAAUUAUCGUUGUAGCUUUCAACAAGAAUAGGCAAUACGAGUAUCUUAACAUUUAUAAACAAUCCAUCAUUAAAAUAACUGAGUCAGUUCAGUAUUAUUUGAACUCGAAUAACAACAUAAACUUCAAAUCGACAAUUUCUUGUGAUCCGAAAUCAUGGGGAGAAGGAGAAAAUUAUAUUCGUAUCAAAAACUACGUAUCACUUAAAUCUUUAACAACCAUUCAUGAAGGAUUUUUUGACUUAAAACCUGAUACGAGAGGAAUAGGAUAUGAAUGUGAAGAUUUUGCGGAAUAUGCAGAUUGGAGUUUUGAAAAUCUUAUUGUGACUAAACAUUGUCCAAUUGCAUUCACUUGGACCGGCCCUGAUUUAUCAUAUUCAGAAUCCCCAGAUUUUACAAACCGAGCUUCUGGGAGACGAUGUCAUGUAGGUUCUCUGUCAUUAUUAGACGAUAGUUGUUAUCGUGAUCAUAAUUCAGAUCGCAUCCUGAGUGUUCGCAAAUUAAGUUUAUUAUGGCAAACGUGCAAUUAUCGAAUGAAUGAAGUUGCAAUCGCUUUUCGAUGGCAUGUUCAAGAUACUAUAAUUAGCAUUGAAAUUCAAUGUGGAACGAUCAUUAACGGUACAGUUGAUAUAAAUACUCUUAGAUGGAAUGAAGAUAAUAGAGUUUACACAAAAGAUAAUCAUCCAGAAUAUGUUGUGCUUUCUGGAACAUUGAGAUCAUUCAAUAUGGAUGAUAUUUUAUUGCCUGAUGGAGAAUUUGUGACGGGAGUUAAGUUUGAAAAAUUGACUGAUAAUCAUUUGUCUUUGGUGCUACAGGGAACUAGAAUGUAUGAUUCUGAUAAUCGAAUUAUCAAUUCCUACAGUACUUCGCGGUUUCCAGAAAAUACCGGAAAUCCAAGAGUGAAUAUAGAUUUAAAUCAACUCCCUUCACCUCUGGAAAUGAAUACACAAACUUAUGAAAUGAGUCAAUCGGGACGUCAUUACGUCGAUAUAGCAAUAUCUAAAUGGUCAAAUAAGUAUACGGGGAACGCGGAAUUACCAUUUUUGGAUAUGCGACCGGUCACUGUAUCACCACCAGUACCACUAGGUGGACUUGGAUUAUUUUACAAGAGUCGACCUGGCUAUGGCGGGUUAUUGGCUUUCAAACAUAUUUCCCCAAGAUAUGUGCAUUUCAUUCCUGUAAACUAUGUCGAAAAAUUGACUAUCACACCCCCAGCUUAAUCAUUGAGUAUUCAAUAUUGUCUACACGCAGAUGAUUUUCCAGUAAAAGUUACACAAUGUUGGGUACUGUGGUAACUUGUAGUACAUAUAUAAGUUUUUACCAAGAGAACAUUGAGAAUUAUGAAAUUCGAUAACAUGAAUUUUGAGUGUCAUUAGUAUUAAACGUACGGUGAAAAUUGAAAAGCUGGCUUGUCUUUACGGUACCAAACUGUUUUGUUAAUUUUUACUAAACAAAUUACUGCGUGUACACGUUACAAUAAAAUAUACAAUGGUUAUUUUUACAUGGUUAUGUUAAAAUGAUGCGUUAAUAAUAAUAAUAAAUAAAA